UCCUGUCUCCACUGAGAACCCGGCUCUACAAGCCGCACUGAGGUCUCUCUCUGCGUGAGGCUUUCCCCUUUGGGGUCCCACAGGAUGCCGCAGGACGUGACCUAUGCCGACCUGAGGUUCACCCAGAGCCGCCCAGAAGGGACACGUCUGGAGGACCUCACCUAUGAGAACGUCCAAGCGUCCAGGCGCCAGGACCAGAAGGCAGGGGCCAAGCGUCCGGCCUGGUUUGCAGCUCUGGGAUUUGCAGGAGCCGCCCUCGUCCUCCUGGCUGCCCUCAUAGGCCUUGGCGUCCACUACCGGCGGAUCCAGAAAACCUCAGAGGAAGAGAAGGUCCAGCUGUCCGAGCGGCUUAGAGAGGAGGAAGAGAGGGUGCAGGCAGUGCAGACGCAGCUCAAUUGGGCCAAACGGGAACUGAACCGCAUCAGGGAUACUUUGACGGAAAGCCAACAUCAGGCAACGGUAGCCCUGGGUGUCCUGGAGAUGCAGAGCCUCAGGAGGGAAGAGGCGCUCAACGCCAGCUGGGCCCAGGUCGCCAAAGACUGGUGCCCCGAGGACUGGGUUCUGUACCAUGGAAAGUGCCUCCUCUUCUCCACAGGAAGGAAAAAAUGGGCAGAAUGCAAUGCGGCCUGUGAAGCUCAGUCGUCCCGCCUCCUCAUCACCCGAUCUUGGAAGCCGGAUUGGAUUGAGGGGCUCCUGGGACACAGUUAUCAUUGGAUUGGACUGAGAACAACACAGGCAGAAAAGACAAGGUCCUGGAUUUGGACUUGGGUUGAUGGCUCAGAGUAUGAAGGGAAGGAGCUUGCAAGUUAUGAUACUUGUGCCUACCUCAACAACGGUGAACCAAAGCCCUACGGUUGCACCUAUCCCUUGGCUUACAUUUGUGAGAAGAUAAAGAGCACACAGUGAGCCCCACUUCAGGGCCGAGGGGUCAGAAGGCAGCCCCUUUGCCCACCCCACCCUCCCCAGAGGUCCCUCCACAGUUUCGAAGGCACCGACCCUCCGAUCACUCUGCAAAAUCCCCGGUGUUUCAGCCGGAGAGAAGAAAUGUUGAGCUGAUGCUUCAACAGACAGGCAAGAUCCUUGCAUGGCCAGCUUGGAGUUUGCAAGCGUGCCCAAAGGAAUCUCAGGCAACGCUGGUGGCGCGGCUUCCCCACAGAAUGGCCAUCAAGCACUCUGGAUCUGCAGGAUCUGGGAGGGGUCCAAGGAAGGAAGACCCAACUGGCCAAAGGCCUGGAAGCCAUGAAUCAUCCCUCUGAGGAGCGGCUGCAGAAGAGAAGGCUGAGAAAAGGAG